AGGAGUCCUGAGCCUGAGCUAAACAAAAGCAGGAGACAGAGGGGGCUGCUGGAGUUUGCAGAGACAUAGAGAGGAAAGGGAGGGAGGGUAUUUUGCUUGCUUUGCUGCUGGGGUGGGGGCAGAGCUCUGGCUUUUGCAAGAAGAAGGGGAGAGGAAAAAAGAAAGAAAGCAAAGCAGCCCACCCCCUUUGAGAUCGCUCUGGCAGUGGCUGGAGGGGGGUGGGGGAAAGUUUGCCUUGCAACCUUCCUUCGCCUCUGCCUUCCCCAGAUCAAUGCCUAUUUGCAAGAGGAUUAAGAGGCAGAUUUAAAGGCUGAUAGCUCAUUUCUGCGAUUGCAAAAGGAGCCUCGGACUAAGAAAGCAGCCAGAAUCCAGCUCUGAUCCCCCCGCCCCAAGUGGCAAGGAGGUUUAUUUUUCUUGCUUUUUGGAGUCGUCCUCUUCCCCCUCCCCCCACCCCCGAGUCUCUUUUCCUCCCUCCCAGAAGCAACGGGAUCCCCCUCCCCCCUUUCUCGUUUUGCCUUUUUUUUUAAAAAAAAUUUCCUCCUCCCGAGAAGAAGGAUUUGGAGCCAGCGUGAAGGAUAAAAAGCCUGGUUGCUCCCUAGGAGGCGCGCCGAAGGAGCAGGAGGGAGAAGGAAGGAAGGAAGGAGAAAAGGGACUGCUGCUACUGCUAGCUUGGGCGAUGGACGAUCAACCCAGGUUGAUGCAUUCCCAUGCUGGGGUGGGGAUGGCAGGACAUCCCGGCCUGUCCCAACACAUGCAGGAUGGAGCAGGAGGGACAGAGGGCGAGGGAGGCAGGAAACAAGACAUUGGAGACAUUUUACAGCAGAUCAUGACCAUCACAGAUCAGAGUUUGGAUGAGGCACAAGCCAGGAAACAUGCUUUAAACUGCCACAGAAUGAAGCCGGCCCUUUUUAACGUCUUGUGUGAAAUUAAAGAAAAAACAGUUCUAAGUAUCCGGGGAGCCCAGGAAGAGGAGCCCACAGACCCACAGCUGAUGCGACUGGACAACAUGCUGUUGGCAGAGGGCGUGGCAGGGCCUGAGAAAGGAGGAGGCUCAGCAGCGGCUGCAGCCGCAGCAGCAGCAUCCGGAGGGGCUGGCUCAGACAAUUCUGUGGAGCAUUCUGACUACAGAGCUAAACUCUCGCAGAUCCGACAGAUCUACCACACAGAGCUGGAGAAAUAUGAACAGGCGUGCAACGAAUUCACCACCCACGUGAUGAACCUCCUGCGCGAGCAGAGCCGGACCCGGCCCAUCUCACCAAAGGAGAUCGAGCGGAUGGUCAGCAUCAUCCACCGCAAAUUCAGCUCCAUCCAGAUGCAGCUCAAGCAGAGCACGUGCGAAGCCGUCAUGAUCCUGCGCUCCCGAUUUCUAGAUGCGCGGCGGAAGAGACGAAACUUCAACAAACAGGCUACAGAAAUCCUGAAUGAGUAUUUCUAUUCCCAUCUCAGCAACCCAUACCCUAGUGAGGAAGCCAAAGAAGAGCUAGCCAAGAAGUGUGGCAUCACAGUCUCACAGGUAUCAAACUGGUUUGGAAAUAAGCGAAUCCGGUACAAGAAGAACAUAGGUAAAUUUCAAGAGGAAGCCAAUAUUUAUGCUGCCAAAACGGCUGUCACUGCUACAAAUGUGUCAGCCCAUGGAAGCCAAGCUAACUCACCCUCAACUCCCAAUUCAGCUGGUUCUUCCAGUUCUUUUAACAUGUCAAACUCUGGAGAUUUGUUCAUGAGCGUGCAGUCACUCAAUGGGGAUUCUUACCAAGGGGCCCAGGUUGGAGCCAACGUGCAGUCACAGGUGGAUACCCUUCGCCAUGUUAUCAGCCAGACAGGAGGAUACAAUGACGGGCUCGCAGCAAGUCAGAUGUAUAGUCCGCAGGGCAUCAGUGCUAAUGGAGGUUGGCAAGAUGCUACUACCCCCUCAUCAGUGACCUCCCCUACAGAAGGCCCUGGCAGCGUCCACUCUGAUACCUCCAACUGAUCUCCCAGCAAAUCGCAUCCCUGGCUGACCCCAGCCCCACUCGGGGCCUGGGGUGGGAGGGGAGGGUGCUCUCCUGACACUGAAGCAGUCAGACUGGAGGUGGAACCAAUCGGCUAAACACAGCAAGAGUCGCCUUCUCUUCUCUUCGUCGGGAUGCUUUUUUCAGCCAAUCUGGACACUUCUUUAUACUCUUUUCCCUUUUUUUUCUGGGCAGAAGCCAUCUCUCCCCUCGCCACCACUCCCUCCCCAACCUUCUCCCUGAAGGAUAUUUUCAACAGUUAGAAGAAUUUAAAGAGGGGGAAAAACAACAACAACAACAACAAAAGCAUCUGUCCAUUUCCAUGCUGGUGUUUUGAGGAGCAAAAUUUACCUCACUCCUUUGCUAACAGGCAACCCACUUCCUUCAGCUUCUCUUGCGCUCACACUACCUCUUAGCAGGAAUACUUCACAUCCGCUCUCUUCUGCUGCUGCUUCACCACUCUUCUGGUUCUGGGGACAGAGCUAACAGGACGCUUUCCUGUUCUGAAGCAAUCCCAAAACCUCAGUGAGUCACCCCUGGGGCAUUUCCAGUGACAGGGCGGAUAAAUGCAUUCCCAGUGCUGCCAGGCGUGUAGGAAAAGGGAGCAAAACUCCUCUGCUGAGGCUCUCCUUGCUUUCAAAAGGUACCAGGACACUGUGCUUGCAAACAGGUGUAAACAGCAAACACUAACCCUUCCCUCUGCCACCAUGCUUUGCCUCAGACCCCAAACACCAGCCAUUCAGCUCUGCAGCAAACACACAUGGCAUUUGCCAAUGUGCAAAGAACCAAAAAUAUCCAAUAUUCUUUGCAUCAUGGUACUUCUAGGAAGGACACAGCAGAGAGCAGUGAGUGAGAAACUGUGGGCAUCUGUAAUGCUAACACUUAGCACUCAGAUAGUUUUACCCAAUCAAAGCGCUGCAGAAACACCGAUGAGCGAUUGAUGAGGAUGGGGCCGAUUUGCACGACACUUAUCUCUGUAGUGUCUUUUCUUGUUGGCACCGAGAGCGUUGCACUGAAAAGCAAGCCGGGCCUGGCCCAUGUUGUGUUCUGAGGGGGUGUGCAUGCCUACCUGCUGGGGGGUUGGAUGGGCCUGGGGUGCCCCUUCUGCAGUUACAGUGAGAAACAGGCUCAUGUACCCAUUGGUACAAGUUAGCCCUUAAAAGGUGUUCAGAUAGCAUCCUGUGAAUUAGCAGGCAUAAAUGUUCCUUAUAGCCAACAGAUGAGCAGUGAAGACUGAAGGGUGAGGGGAGAGAUGGAUGCACACAGCCAAUACAUAAGUUGAAUGGACUGGAUACUUUCAGUAGCUUUUAAUAAACCGGGUCUGUUUUUGUCGGGGGGGAAAUGCCCCAUAAACUAAAUAAUUUUCUAGUUUGGGGAUUUCUUUCAAAUUAAGUGCCGGUUUCAGUCCUGCACCUUUUUGUGAAUCUAAGAUGUGACCUGAUAAGUACUAAAAUAAAUCAUGUAACAUUCCACCCAGCCAAUCGGCA